UGUAGCUCUCUCUCCCCUUUCCCCCCUCCCUCUCGAUAAGCUCAAUGGGGCUGUCUAUUUUUAACUUCCUGUUCUUUCCUUUUGGCCGGGCAAUCAGUGUGAAAAGAGGCAGGCGCGUUCCCUGAAAGAGUCCCCGGUAGCCUCGUGGAAGCCUUCUGACAUGACCAGCAGACAGCAUCACUACCAAGGCUGCUCCGGGGUUUAAACCCUGCUUCUAAAGUGCCAUGUCCUGCAAAGAAAGUCCCCACGUGGGUGCUUCCACCACCACUGUCAGCUCUGUAGCGGUGCACGCUGGGGACUCCAAGAUCGUGAUAGCUAUUGUCAAGUGUGGCAAAUGGGUACGACUCCAACUGGCUGAAUCGAAGCCCAAUCUCCUAGAAAUUGGGAGCAGUCAAGAUGAAACCAAAAAACUGCUUCAAGAUCAUGAGCUGCUUCUGGCCAAGCUUAAGGCCUUGGAAGAUCGUGUGUGGGAACUCUUACGGGAAGCAGACAGGACAGCUGAAGCAAACAAGGCUCAAAGUCAGGUGUAUGAUGCCAUGGCCCAGACGCUGGGUGAAGCAUGGGCAACUCUGGUCUCCAUGCUUGAAAGAAGAAGGGAGCUCCUUGGACUGACGUCUGAGUUCUUUCAAAGUGCUUUGGAGUUUGCUAUAAAAAUAGACCAAGCCGAAGAGUUUCUGCAGAAUCCUCAUGAGUUUGAGAGUGCCGAAGCCUUACAAUCACUUCUUCUCCUUCAUGACCGACAUGCCAAAGAACUCUUAGAAAGAUCUCUAGUCCUUUUAAACAAAAGUCAACAACUGACUGACUUCAUAGAAAAAUUCAAGUGUGAAGGAUCUAUCGUGAACUCUGAGCUGAUCCAGGGAGCUCAGAGCAGCUGUCUGAAGAUCGACAGCCUCCUUGAACUUCUGCAAGACAGGAGAAGGCGGCUGGACAAGUACUUGCAGCAACAGCGGCAGGAAUUGUCUCAGGUUCUGCAGUUGUGUCUGUGGGACCAACAAGAAAGCCAGGUUUCUUGUUGGUUUCAGAAAGCAAUAAGAGAUCUGCAGGAACAGAGUCUGGGCGCAUCACUUUCAGACAACAGAGAGCUAAUCUGCAAGCAUGAGGACCUGAUGGUUAAAGCAAAGGAAUGGGAUUCAGCCGCAGAGAAGCUGAAAAGCCAGGCUUUGGGGAUUCUACUGUCAAAGGACUUGGCAGAAAAGGAACAUCUACAGCUCUGUAACCAGAAACUGAAUCGGCUUCAAGAAGAGUUUGGACGACUCACGGUGGAAAGGAAAGCCUGGCUAUCAAUGGCAAAUGACUUUUUUACCAGUGCUAACGAGGCAUUUGAUGUACUUGGAAAAGUUGAAGCUUACCUUAAGCUCCUUAAAUCAGAGGCUUUAAGCCUGCCUGUCUUGGCAGCAAAGCAUGAGGAAUUACACAGAGAAAUUAAAGACUCUACAGCCACUGCUCUGCAAAAGGGACGGACCUUAAUCAGCCAAGUAGACUCCUGCCGCUCUCAGGUGACAGGAAUCCACGAGAUGAUGGGAUACAUUCAGAAGCGAGUGGAUUGUCUCACUGAACAGUGUACAGCGCACGAGGAAUUUGCCCUCCAGAAACAGCAGUUAGCAACGUCAGUGGACGACUACCUAAGGAAGGUGGAAAUGUCAAUUCAGGAAAUCAGGCCCAUUCUUGCUACCACAUUGGCUGUUGCUUCCAGCCCUUCUGAAUCAGAGAAGAUUUUAAAUAAAUAUCUGGAAUUGGAUAUCCGAGUCAAGGAGACGGCACACGCAUUAGAAGCAGCUGCAAAAAUCAUGACAGAGAAAAAUGAACUUGAACUCAAUGAAGUGGCAUUGCUUCCUCUUAAAGUGAAAUGGCUAGAGGAAGAAUUAAACACGCUUGGUCGAAGCAUCAGCUGCAGGUCGCGGGUCCUGCAGACGUACGUGGCAUUUCGAACGUCAUCCGAGGAGGUAGAGGAACAGCUUCGGAGCCUAAAGGAAUUUUAUCUGACUGAAAUUCCUUGGAAAGAUCAAGAUGAUGCUGCAGUCAAGUGCCGGUCUAACUCUGCUGAGAGGAAAUGGCAGCUAUUUUUAAAGAAGAGUUUUUUGACCCAGGACUUGAACCUCGAGUUUCUGAACUUAAUAAACAUGGCAAAAGAGAAUGAGAUAUUAAAUGUUGAAAAUGAAAUGCACAUUAUGGAGAACAUUAUGGAAAAGCAAACAAAUGGAAGGGAAGAGCUCAGCCGUCUCCGAGUGGCGUGGUACCUCAAAGCCAUCGAAGGCAAGCCUGUGAGAGAGCAGUGGGAAAUGUUCAAAGAGAAACUUAAAAAGACUACUCACAGUGUAAAACUUCUCCAUGAAGUUCUCAUGCCUGUCUCUGCGCUUGACCUUGGGGGAAGCCUCCAGAGCACGUCAGAUCUGCGGAGGAGGUGGAUUGCAAUGAAGCCUCAGCUCCAGCAACUGCAUGAGGAUGUUCAGCAAAUCACAAAAGAGUGGGAUGUGUUAAGUAGUCAGGGAGCUCCCCUGAAGGAGAAAGCUGAACAGCUGAAGGACCUUAUCCAUCUCCACCAGAGGCAGCGAGAGCGAAUCCAGGAAUAUGAGGAAAUCCUGUACAAGACAGUCCAGUUCCACCAGGUCAAGGAAGAGCUGACUCAUCUCAUCAAACCAAGAGAACUGGAGCUUCUAGAACAGCCCAUGGAACUGGGAAAUUCUGAGGAGGUCCAGAUGCAACUGGGCCGUUCUCAAGAAAGGCGGGCACAUGUAGACCAUCUCCAUCGGCUGGCCGUGUCCUUAGGAGUGGACAUCAUUUCAUCUGUGCAACAACCUAAUUGCUCUAAUAUUUCUGCGAAGAACCUGCAGCAGCAGCUGGAGGCCCUUGAACUGGAUAGCAGGAAUUGGAGUGCCCAAGCCAAAGAACAUGAGCGGGCCCUGUCCUGCAGCUUGGAGUACUGCACCACACGCGAUGAGAUUAAUGAGCUCAAAGAGUCAUUCAAAGAUAUAAAAAAGAAAUUCAACAAUCUGAAGUUUAAUUACUCCAAGAAAAAUGAGAAAUCUCGAAACUUAAAGACUCUUCAGUAUCAAAUCCAACAAGUGGACGCAUACGCUGAAAAAACUCAGGCUCUAAGGAAGAAAAUGGAAAAAGUUAAUAAUAAGACAUCUGAUUCAUUCUUAAAUUAUCCAAGUAAUAAAGCUAACAUCCUUUCGGAAGCCAUGGAGGAUUUGAAAAAGCACAUGGAUGACUUUGACAAAGUUGUGACAGAUUACAAGAUGAAUUUGGACCUGACUGAACAUCUUCAGGAAGUAAUAGAAGAGUGUAACUUUUGGCACGAAGAUGCAAGUGCCACCGUUGUGAGAGUUGGGAAGUAUUCCAUGGAGUGCCAAACAAGGGAAGCUGUGGACAUCCUCCACAGGCAGUUCAAUAAGUUUAUUACUCCCUCUGUGCCUCAGCAAGAAGAAAGGAUUCAGGAGGUCAUCGACCUUGCUCAACGCUUAUAUGGUUUGGAAGAGGGGCAGAAAUAUGCUGAGAAGAUUGUCAUAAGACACAAGGAGAUUCUUGAAUCUAUUACCGAAUUAUGUGGGUCUCUUGUGGAACUUAAAGAAAAACUGAUGCAGGGAGAGGUUCCAAAGAUGAAUUCAAAUUUGGAAGAUUUCCAUGACAAUUGCAUUGAUCUGCUAAAGGAGCCAGGGAAAGAUGAGCAGACAACCUUCAAUGAAGAAAGGAAUGAGGGGCAGGUGCAGGGAGCAGAUGUGUUGACCAUCAAUGGAACAAGAGAAGAUGGGCUUCCCAUGGACUUGAGGCAGACCUCAUCUGACAAAGAGGACAGCGCCCAGGGUCUGAUCCUUCCAGAAGAUACGCUAUCUGGAGAAGAAUCUGAGUGUAUCUCAUCUGAUGAUAUCUCUUUGCCUCCACUGCCAGUGAGCCCCGAGUCCCCUCUGGCACCAUCAGACAUGGAGGUAGAAGAACUUACCAGCUCCUCAGCCCUCGCCCUGCACAUCAGCGGCUACAAGAUGCAUCCAGGGACAGGUGGUCUAGGAAAGGCCCAGGAGUCUGUCCUUCCCUCACCGGUUGCUUUUGUAGAUGGGGGCCAUAGUAAGAAAGACACAUUUACAAGUCAUUUUGAGAGGCCCUAUCCACAAUUGAAAGCUGAAUCCUCAUUAUCCUCCAGAGGAUCAGUAGAGAUGAGUACCAAGUUGCACAUCAAUGUGAAAUGUCCAGCGAGCAUGCCUCAUGAAGUGCACGACAAAGCUUUACAGCAAUGCUCCCAGGCUCUGGGGAUCUCGCUAGAAAUGCAGGAGAAAGUGCAUGCUGAGUCUAACGUCACUAAAACCCAAGACAGGCUGCAUGCUGCCCUUGAUGUGUCCCCUGGCCUCAGCUCUCAACCAGACACCAGCGGGAGCCAUCAGAGGCGAGUGGGUCCCCAAGGAGACGGGAAAAACUCAUCCGCAGAAAACAGCGUGGUCAGCCUAGCUGGCCAGGCACCUCAGUUCUCCAGGCUGCUGUCCAAUGUAACUGUCACGGAAGGUUCCCCGGUGACUUUGGAAGUCGAAGUAACAGGAUUUCCAGAGCCUACACUGACAUGGUUCAAGAAGGGCCAGAAACUGUGUGCAGAUGGACACUUACAGGUCUUGCACAAGGACACAAAGCAUUCGGUGUUCAUUCCGAAGGCAGGUCCUACUGCAUCUAAUGUUGCUGCUGCUGCUGCUGCUGCUGCUGCUGCUGCUGCUACUGCUGAACGCUGUGUAGCCCUUUCCAAGGCAUCUCAGUGGAAGAAGGGCUCAUCUACCUCUUGACAACUGAGUUUUUAUUUUAUGUCCUGUGGUGAUCUGGCCAAUGGAAAACUACUCAGUGAAGACUCAUUACAAUGCUUGGAAUGAUUUGCCAUCAUGCUACUCAUUACCCAUUAAUUCCCUUUCAGAUUCUGAUCUUUUAGAAUAUUAAAUGAAAAGAGCGCUGUUAAUAUGUAAUUCCCAACUACUCCCUUGGGGGAGGGUAAGACUGAUGUUCUAUGAAUUAGAGUUUAAAUUCCUUUCUAACUUCUUAAAACUACAUCCUUUUCAAAGGCUCUGAACAGUAACCUCUGGAGGAUAUAGUUAGGGUGUUUUAGGGGGAGUCUGGGUAAGAUAGAAGAAGACAAAUCUAGCCUUCUUUUGUGCAAUUAUCACUGUAAUACUGAAGAAUGUUGUAUGGCUUCCUAAUACGAAUUAUUCAAAAAAUAAGAGAGGCGUUUGUUUUCAUAUUUUAAACUUUGUCAUGCUAGGGUAAAAUCUUAAGCUGAAAGAAUAAUUUAUUACAGAUUUUUGAUGAAGGGAAGAAAUUAAUUAUGUUGCUGGAAGACUGUCUACAAAUAAUCAAAAUAUUUAAAUAGAAUAUAUUUGACAUGAUAUUAAAAAGCUACUGAAUGUUGUGGAAGAUAAGAAAUGUCUAGUCUAGUAAAAAAUUGGCCUAUUUUUCUUGUCCUGUGUAUACUAUUUAAUUAAAAAAUUGUAACUGUUUUCUUUCAAGUUUUGACAGAAAGCUAUUAAAAUCUUACAUAUACGUCAUCCUGAGGACCUCAAUCUUUUCACUCUCAUCAUUUUGUCCAAUUUUAAGGUUUUCCAUAUCUUACCUAGCUGCUAUGGCCUAUGUGGAAGGUAAACCAUAAAAUCUAUUCACGCCCAGAGGAGGCAAGCAGGUAACAAAUUCCAUCCUGUCACACUUUCUAGCAUGUAUUAAUUUGAUGAGGUCUCUGUUCCAAUACCGUCACCCUGGUUUUAUUUAGGUUUGAAGAUUGCCAGAGCAUGUGAAUUGCAAGCUCACUUUACCUGUUUCGCUUCAGUUAAUAUUCUUCCUUCAGGGAGCCAAAUGAUAUAGACCUUCAUCAUGAUGUAUGACCCACUAAGACCUGUAAAAUCCCCCCAAGAUGCACAUUUGUAUGUGUGUAUAAAUUGAGCCCAUGUAUUGGAGCAAAAUACUAUGUGGGUAUUCAAGAUAUAGUUCAAAUAGCUUUGUAAAUAUCUCAUCCAUCUUAGGUAUGAGUGGACUAUUCAUGCAGCAGUGAGGAAUUCUAAGCAACCAUAAGACUGUUCUAUUAAUUAAAAAAAAAAAAUCUUAAGUAUGGGUCUCCUUACUGAUGGAGUUUCUACCUUUACUAAAGUUUUGUGUAUUGAAAUUCCAGACUGAAAUUUGGCCACUGAUGACUUGUCCAUCUUGCAGUAACUAGCUUCCUACCCAUGCCUAGAAGCACUCCCAAGGACUCUGUGGGCCACACAUACACAGAAAAUGUGAAAAAGGACAAAGGGUUUGUUGGAAAGAAUGGUUCCAGCAGCAGAGGAGGGCGGUGACAGAAGGGACAUGAAAAUGACUAAAAUUCAUCAUGUAUGAACUCUCAACGAACUAAAGUGGAAAAAAUUUUUGAGAAAAUUCGAGUAAGGCUUAAAAUAAAUUAAAGGUAAAUACAUAAUUUAUAUCUAUCCACUUCUAGGACCUAUUCUAGGCAGUAAUAUAAACAUAUUUUCAAAAUGAAGAUCAAAAUGGAAUGAAAGUAAAAAUUAUACAUGUGCUUAACACGCCAAAGGAAGACAGAGACAUGUGAUUUGGGUUGCUGGGA